AUGUCCAAGAAGGAUGUGGCGUGUUUCUGGAUCAUACUGCUCCUGUGCCAAGAGCUACGGACCGACCCGAUCGCAGAGAUGGGACCAUCCUCCGGCAUCCUGAUUCAAGAGACACCAGGGUUCAUCUUAACAGUGAAGAGGAUCCUGACAAGACGUGUGUUCGUCAGCUUGGACCCCAAGAGUUCCAUCGAGAAGGCAUACAACAUUUCAUCGAUGCAGCUUCCUGAGUUACAGACUUGGUACCAGAUGCACCUCCAAAGAGCACAGGACCGUGUGCGAAAUAUCUUGGAGCAAGCCCGGAAACCAUUUGUAUCCAGUUCUAUUCCGAUGAGCAACCGACCCAAAAGGUUCCUCACCGCUAUAAUUGUUGCAUUAGUUUGUGCCACUGUCGGUGCAGUUGUCGCAACUGGAAUGUCUGCAGCCAACUCUAUUACUGUCCAAAAGCUGGAUAUGGAAAUCUAUGCGCUAAAGCAACACAUUAACGAUAUUCAUCAGGUGAUACAACAGCAAAGAACACUUCUCCAAGACGUGUUAACUAUUGUGGAAGACACAGUUGUUACAACAAAUUUGCAUUCGGAGUUAAUUGCCAAAUCCACUGAGCUGCACCAAAGUCAUGACUUAUUUAAGCGUGAACUUUGA